AUGUCCAAUAAUAAGCUUCUCGUCCUCAUCGGUUCUGGGCCGGGCAUAGGAGUCGCUACGGCUUCCCUCUUUGCCAGCAACGGGUUCAAUGUCGCUUUACUCUCGCGCUCCGCCUCGCGGCUGGAAUCUGAUGCCGCCACCAUUCGCUCCGCUGCGGCCACUCCAGACAUCAAAAUCGAGUCUCUCCCCUGCGACGCCUCUGACGCUGCCUCUCUCAAUUCCGCGUUGGAGAAGGUCCACGCCACGCUUGGUUCGCCCGAAGUCGUCAUCUAUAACGCGGCGCGUGUUGGUCCUUCAGAAUUUGGUCAAUUUACCCCAGAGGAAAUGGUCCAGGACUAUAAGCUCAAUUCGGUGGGAAUCUAUGUGGCGGCGAUGUGGGCACUGCCGUACUUGGCGCAGAUAGCGGAGGAGGGCGGAAAGCCUGGCUUCUUCCUAAGCGGUAGCGGGAUUGGAUGGCGGCCUCUACCACCAUUCUUUUCGCUGUGCAUGCAGAAAGCGGCGCAGAUCAACUUUUUGCAGAGCUUCGAGUAUCUCGCCGGGCCGAAGGGCGUACAUGUCGCGAGGCUCGAUAUCAACGGCAUAGUGAGCCCAGACGACCCAGAAACGUCCCCGAAAGUCUGUGCGCAACAGCAUUGGGCGCUAUAUCAGCAGCAGAAAGGCCAAUGGGACAGUGUGAAACAAGUAGGCGACAUGGAGGCUUUCGCUAAGAAGAUGGGAUUCCCUUGA